CGGGCCUCGGGUGCCUUAGGGUCCCGGCCGCGGUUUCAGAAGGCAAGAUCUAGAGGCAACAAAGGUGCACAGGUGCAAGACACGGGGCGUUCUUUUCCUUUUGAUUUUCUCGGAAUUUUCCUGACCCAGGGGAUCUUCAGACCAUAUUGAAAGGAAGAGAAAGAUGACUAUGAUGCCUGAGCUGUACCCAUCCUGGAUCUUCAUCAAUGACAGGACAUUCAUAACCAGGGAACAACUUAAUUCUUUACUGAAUACCUAUAACAUUUUUUAUGAGGACCAGAAAAAUCUGCAUAUUUUAUGUGGACAGACUGAAGAUGGGAAACUAAUUGUUGAAGGGAUGCUGGAUAUUUUCUGGGGAGUAAAACAACCUAUACAGCUGAAGAUUCAAGAUGAAAAGCGGGUCUGUUCUUUUACCACAUUGAAGUUAUCAGACACUUUUUCCAGCAAAGGGAGAAUGGCACGCUGGGGUGAAUUUGAUGAUCUAUAUCACAUUACUGAUCUGGACAGAACCCAGAUUCCAGUGUCUGAAACAAGGAAUUCUCGGGAUGACUAUUUAUCUUGUCAAAGCAGUACUCUGAAGCCUUAUGUAGAUGAAGAACCAGAAUCCCCAUUCCUCUACAGAACUAUGAGUGAAACAGCCCUGGUGAGAAAAAGGACAAAGCCUCUAAUGAUGGAAAGAAAAGAUCAACAGUUCCACAGGGCCUCUAUUAAUGGACACUUCUAUAACUAUGAAACAUCGAUUUUUACCCCAGCCUUUGGAUCAGAAACUAAAGUCAGAAUAAACAGUAACAUGAGAACUGAAGCAGUAAUCAAGCAACUUCUCCAAAAAUUUAAGAUUGAGAAUAGUCCUCAAGAUUUUGCUCUAUACAUUAUUUUUGCGACAGGAGAGCAGAGACAGCUAAAGAAAACAGACAUUCCACUACUGCAGAGGCUUCUACAAGGACCUUCCAGAAACAAUGCUCGCAUUUUUCUCAUGGAUAAAGAUACAGAAGAAAUUAGUAGUGAUGUGGCUCAAUACAUUAAUUUUCAUUUUUCUCUCUUGGAAUCCAUUCUUGAAAGACUAAAUGAAGAAGAGAAAAGAGAGAUUAAAAGAACAAUAACAAAAUUUAAUACAGAAAAAGCCAUUCUACUGAAAUGUCUUAAAAGUAAACAUGCAGUAAAAACAGAGACAACAGUUUAG